AUGUCGCCGUCGGAAAAGAACACCAGUGGCAAACAUCACAACGACGACAGUGUGGUAGCAUCGCAGUCUGGAGGCACUCAGGCUCAAUCAGAGAAGCUAGCUACUCUAGAGAUAAAUCAUGGCCAGGACAAGGGUCAGACACAGAAUACCAGUACACCUACGACAUCACCUUCAUCAUCAAUAGACAUAACGACUCGCUCGGAUCUCAGCCUACUAUAUCGGGUGUUACGGACACUCAUUCGACCCCUGCGACCAAAUCUCGUGCGUCCAGGCAAGCCAUUCCCAGCAGGGUCGCCUCGACUCUCGCCACCGAACAAGCAGGGUGUCAAUAUCGUCGAGUCCUGCUCCGAGGGCGUGUGGCAGUAUACAUUUCAACCGAAGAAUUCGACAUCGACAUCGAAGGAGGAUAAACUGGAACACGAUGGCGCACGCAAACAUCAGAUCUACUACUUCGUCGGCGGUGGCUUCCAAUCACCACCGUCCAGCCAACACUGGCAGUUUCUCACCACGCUGUCGAAACACCUCUCUUCGUCUACCUCGCACGACGAACCACAGAACAUCAAGAAUAACAACAGAUACACGCCCGAAGUAACACUAAUCUCAUACCCGCUAGCCCCGAACUCACCAGCCUCACAAUCCUACCCGAUCCUCCAAAAAUGGCUCUCCGCAACCCUCCACUCGGCAGACCUGACCUCAGACAAAAUCACGCUGAUGGGCGACAGCAGCGGCGGCAACAUCGCGCUGUCACUCGGCUUCUGGGCGGUCGAGAACCACAUCCCUGCAUCCUCGCAGCCCGACCCGUCCGGGCACGCGGCGGCAAUCCCCCAUUCCGACAAACGCACAGGCUUCCCACUAGUGUCGCUGCUGGCCAUCUCGCCCGCCGUCGACCUGCGCAACGUGAAUCCCGAGAUGCACGGCGCCGAUAGACACGACCCGAUCCUGACGGUCGAACUGACGUCGCGUGUCGCGCGCGCAUGGGCGUCCGAACCCUCGCGCUCGCGCCAUCUGCUCGACAUGCCGGACGGGCCGCGCCCACAUCUCGUGACCGAUGCGCAGCUCAGUCCGCUGCUGAAUACCGAGGUUGCGUUUGAUGCGCUGCGGCGGAAGGGCGUCAGCGUUCACGGUGUGGUCGGCACGCAUGAUGUAUUGGGUCCCGAUGCGUUGCUGUUCAUGCGCAAAUGUGAGGCUUGUGGCGUCAAUGGAAAGUGGCUUGUCUGGGAUGGCCAGAUGCAUUGCUUUCCCCUGGCCGCGGGGAAGGGCCCGUUGGGCUUGAGCGAGGCGAAGGCCGCAAUGACGUGGAUUGAGCAUGUCGUGAGGAGUCAUGAGUUUUAG